AAACCAAACACACCCUAACGCCUUAAAGUUAUUUCCUUCAAACUUUCCGAGUUCAGAGCUCCUUCUACCUUGAUUGAGAGCCAAGAAAUACAGAGAGUGAAAGCCCUUAAGGUUCCCGAUCUACCUAACCUCGACGGCCUCGUUCUCUCGUUACCCGGGGUGGUGAACUUGGGCCAAGUUGACAAAUGGAGGAUGUCCUAACAGAGCUUCCCCCGCCUUCAAGGUUCUUUGAGGAAGAUCUCAAUAACUUUACUGCUCCAUCACCGCCUCUUCCAUCUCCGUCCCUCAUUUUUUCCAAUCCUAAACAUGAUGAACCUCUUCGUCCCUCUCUCCUCAUCAUUGCCGUAUCUUCACCAUCUAUCCAUAUUUUCCACCAUUUGUCCUCCAAAACCCUAAUUGGAAGUGUCAUCCUUCCUGAAAUCCCUUUCUCUGGAAGCUCUACUGAACCCUCUAUUGGAGAUAAAUCUUGCAAUAUCUAUACCCUCAAUGUUGCUGAUGAUUCAAUUAUCCUUGUCUCUGUUCAGUGCCCCAUUGCUGCAGAGAGAUCACACAUUGUUGCAAAGUUUUUGAUUGCAGAUCAAAUCAUUCCUGAGAGGGUUCUGAUAUUGGAUUCAAUUCAGAGUCGAAACUUCCGUGGUAAGCUGUCGCCAGAUGAGACAUUUGUUUUCAAGCUGGAGACAUCAUCAGAAAAAAGAGAAGGGUUAGGUGAGGGUAAUGGUAGUUCAUCAUUGUUAAAGGGUAUAGACUAUUUUCCAUCAGGAAGUCUUGUAGAUGGCUUGGCAGCUGCCUUGCUGGGCCGAUGCCAGAUGAAGAAUAUCAAGGGAACUCUUUGUCUUUCGUGGCCAGAAUUUGGUGGGCCUGUGGUGUCCCUGCUUAAAUCAAUACUUCACAAGAGUGUGUUGCCUGGCUUGGACUUGAGCAUAAAUGGUGGCAUUGGGGAUGAAUAUUCAAGGUUCAGCUGGACCAAGGACCGUCCUGUUUAUUCGGAGUUUUAUACCUGAUUAACUGUGUUUGAGAUGCUCUUUCAUAUCCCUUUUUUAUCUUUACUCAAUAGUUUUCUUCUUGCUUUAUUUAAUUAGUUUCAUUUUCUUGUGCUGUUACCAAGAUUUUGGAAAGAGUUUGUGAUCAAGGACAACUUUAUUUCCCUUA